AAUGUAUAUUGUUACUUGUGUGUGCUGUGAAUACGUCAAAGAGAACUAAAUUGUUAAUAGAAUUUAGUAUUUUGAAAAUGUGUGACAAAACUGACGACAACGCGACGACAACGGACGUAGCAAAGAUGUAAACUAUCGAUAAGCGAGUUCACAAGUCGACGUUUUAUGUAUUCGAUAAAUCGCUAUUCGCUAUAUCGAUAUAUCGAUGUAUCGUUUCUAACGCUUAUUUCUUUCCUGUGCGCAUUGUAUCAGCGCAGGGUUUAUUGUCUGUUCUUUGCUGCAUUGUUGGCAUCGUUCCGUCUUGGUCGAGCGUCUUUGCUCUUUGCUUGUGUUUCUGUGACGAUUUUGAGUAGACAACAUUGUAAUUUCUCGUCGUACGUGAAUAUAUUAUAUAGAAUUUAGCAGUUUUACUUUAUUUUGACUAACAUGGCAGAAAUAACGGAGGAGAAAACGGAGUUUGAUUGGGGUAAUGAAAAAUUGCAACGUGCUCAGAAGACUGUCAACGAAUCUCCAUAUGAUCUGGAAGCAUGGAGUAUUCUCAUCAGAGAAGCACAAAACAGGCCUAUCACUGAAGUAAGACCAGUAUUUGAGAACCUUAUUUCCAUAUUUCCAAUGGCUGGCCGGUAUUGGAAAAUCUACAUAGAACAAGAGAUGAAAAUGCGGAAUUUUGAAAAAGUGGAAAAGCUGUUCCAAAGGUGCCUCAUGAAAAUCUUAAAUAUCGAAUUAUGGAAACUGUAUCUUUCUUAUGUCAAAGAAACCAAAGCAAGCUUAGCUACAUAUAAAGAAAAAAUGGCCCAAGCGUAUGAUUUCGCGUUAGAUAAAAUUGGAAUGGAUAUACAUUCUUACAGUAUCUGGAAUGAUUAUGUUAUGUUUUUAAAGAGUGUGGAAGCAGUUGGAUCUUACGCUGAAAAUCAAAAGAUUAGUGCUGUACGAAAGGUUUAUCAACGAGGUGUUGUUAAUCCUAUGAUAAAUAUGGAGCAUUUAUGGAAGGAUUAUAUGGCAUUUGAGCAUGGUAUCAAUCCAAUAAUUGCAGAGAAAAUGGCAAUCGAACGAUCUAGAGACUACAUGAAUGCAAGACGCGUUGCUAAAGAAUUAGAAGCGGUCACAAGAGGUCUUAAUCGAAGUGCACCUAGUGUUCCUCCGACCGGUCAUCCAGAGGAAGUUAAGCAGGUCGAAUUAUGGAAAAAAUAUAUUGCUUGGGAACGCAGUAAUCCUUUGCGGACAGAAGAUACGUCGUUGGUUGCGCGUAGGGUCAUGUUUGCUAUUGAACAGUGUUUGUUAUGUUUGGGCCAUCAUCCUGCUGUAUGGCAUCAGGCUGCGCAUUUUUUAGAACUGAGUUCCAAAAUAUUGGCGGAAAAAGGUGAUGUUCAUGCAUCUAAAACACUGAGCGAUGAAGCAGCGACCAUGUUCGAGCGAGCGACAAGUACAUUGUUGUCGAAAAAUAUGUUAUUGUAUUUCGCACACGCCGAUUUCGAAGAGGGUAGAGUAAAAUACGAGAAAGUGCAUCAGAUAUAUCAAAAGUUUCUUGAUAUACCUGAUAUAGAUCCAACUUUGGCUUAUGUACAGUAUAUGAAGUUUGCUAGGAGAGCUGAAGGUAUAAAAUCUGCGAGAACAGUGUUCAAACGAGCGCGAGAAGACCCGAGAUGUAAACAUCACGUUUAUGUCGCUGCCGCAUUAAUGGAAUAUUAUUGUACUAAAGAUAAAAAUAUAGCAUUCCGUAUUUUUGAAUUAGGUUUGAAAAAAUUUGGAGAUAAUCCUGAUUACAUUCUAUGUUAUGUAGAUUACUUAUCACAUUUGAACGAGGAUAACAAUACAAGAGUCUUAUUUGAGAGAGUUUUAUCUUCAGGUAGCUUAGAACCAGAAAAAUCAGUAGAUAUAUGGAAUCGUUUCUUAGAAUUUGAAUCUAAUAUUGGCGAUCUAGCAAGUAUCGUUAAAGUAGAGAAGAGACGGAGUGCUGUAUUGGAAAAGAUUAAAGAAUUUGAAGGUAAAGAAACUGCUCAAUUAGUGGAUAGAUAUAAGUUUUUGGAUUUAUAUCCGUGCACUCCAAUGGAGUUGCGAUCAAUCGGAUAUAUGGAAGUGUCCAGUGUUGCUCGAAACUCCAUUGGUGCACUACCUCGUGUACCUGAUCCAGAAGAAGCAAUCGCCGCUUUGCCCAGACCUGAUUUGUCACAAAUGAUUCCGUAUAAACCAAAAGUAAAUCCUUUACCUGGUGAACAUCCAAUACCAGGCGGUACGUUUCCUUUACCACCGGCUGCAGCCCAAUUGUGCACUAUGUUGCCACCACCUGGUUGCUUUCGAGGUCCGUUUGUUGCUGUCGAUUUACUUAUGGACGUCUUUAGUAGAAUUCAACUACCUGAUCACGCACCAUUGCCAGUGGCAGACAAUGGAUGUGACACAAAAUUGUUUGAUCUCGCAAAAUCUGUGCAUUGGAUUGUUGAUGAAAGUAAUGACGGUGUAAGCAUCGGAUCAAAACGUAGAAGAACGCGUUUAGGUGACGACAGUGAAGAAGAAGAUUUACCACCACCACCUGUUAAUGACAUUUAUCGCCAAAGACAACAGAAACGAGUCAAGUGAACGUGAAGAACGCGUGAUAUGUGACACGUUUGUUAGAGGAAUUUAUGCAUACACUACAAUUCAAAAUUGACGUAGAUGUAUUUUUUUGUAUAAUUUUACUUUUUGCGUGACCAUACAUACCACUGGUUGUUGGAAAAAACAUAUCUAUUAUAUCGUGAACAGAGUGGACCGAGUAGAAUAUUAUUAAAUUACAACAAUUGCUUGUUUCGAUAAUUAAUUGCCACAAUUACAAGUAUUACG